UGUGCUGUGUCCCUCGGACACAGCGGAUCACCGAUCCACGGAAAGAGCCUAAGAUGUCGGCUCGGUCAUGUGAUCAGCUGUGUCCAAUCACAGCUGGUCACAUCAGUGCCACCUGUCAGUAUCCAUCAUUGUCAGCUCUCAGUGCUCCAUGCCACCUGCCAGUGCCACAUUUCAGUGCCCAUCAGUGCCACAUCAAUGCCACAUAUCAGUGCCCAUUUGAAUUGCCUUUCAGUGUCAGCCAUCAGUGCCAGUCAGUGCCACCUAUCAAUGCCAGUCAGUGCCUCCUAUCAGUGCUGCCAUUUAGUGCCACCUAUCAGUGCCAGUCAGUGCCGCCUAUCAGAGUGCAUCAGUGCCGCCUUAUCAGUGCCCGUCAGUGCUGCCUAUCAGUGCAGCCUAACACUGUCAGUCAGUGCCACCUAGCAGUG